AUGUGGCAGUGCAAGCACUGCAAAGCCCAGUGGAAUGGCGCCACGUGCUCGGAGGUCGACCCGCUGCGCCCCCCGUCCCAGGAUGGUGGUGGACCGAGCACAGAUGGCAUCAACACGAAGGGCCUCAGCGCGGAGGACCUUCAGCUGCUUGCUGCCAUCGCCACUCGUCAAGGGCAACUGGAUUUGGCCAAGCAGUAUGAGUCAGCCCGCGCGAAGCUACUCCAACCUGCUCGUCAACCUGAGGCCUCGCUCCACACCCGCGCCUCGCAGACCCAGAGCAAGAUCAGGCAGGUGGAAAAGAAGCUCGACAAGGAGAUCUCGAAGCUGGAGCGCUGGCGCGAGGCCACCACGAUGCUCGAGGCCUCCAUCCAGGAGAUGGCGGACGAGCUGGACGGCCAUGAGCGGCAGUACUCGGAGCUCGUCGAGCAGAUCAGUCUGGAGGUGGCCUCGUCGGUGCAGCCCAAGCAGUCGACGGGCCCGAUCAUCAGCCUGCGGGACCUGGUGGAGGGCAAGGAGCUCAGCUUCGAGCUC